GUUGUCUUCUCCGUGAGAAUCAAAGCUAAUUUUACAGUAAAAUUGGAGAAAAUACUGACUGUGAUUUUGCCCCCAAAAAGCAUGUCGAAAUUGUGGGCGAGGUUUGCAGGUUUAUUCAGCAGCAAGAAUUUUGUAGGGAUUGAUAAAGUAGGCAAUCGCUAUUUUAAAAAUAUAGAGGAGCUUGAUGGUGUCAUGAAGGAAAAGAGAUGGGUGACAUUCAAAGGAGAGGAAGAUCCAACCUCCAUUCCAGUUGAAUGGAUAUGUUGGUUGAAUGGACAACGGAAGAAUGCUCCAACUCCAGAGGAAAUGGCUGAGUUGGAGGCAAGAAGGGAAUUUGUUAAGCUUAAUAUUGCUCGUCUCAAGAAGGAAGAGGAGGAAAGAAUGGCCAAAGAAGGCAAGAGGAAAGCCACAAACAUUGGUAAAGCUGAUGGUCCAGAUUUAAAAAGUUUCGUUCAACAAUUUCCAGAUGCUUCAAAAGGUGAUACAAAGGCAGAAGCCUCUGAUACACAGCAUGAAAAAAGGUCGUCAGAGCCAACUGGUUCCGGCGAAUCCUUUAGACCAGGAACAUGGCAACCUCCUACCUGAGAUCACUCAGACUCUAUGGAAGCCUUUAGUUUUCUCUUGAUGUUCUGUUUUAAGGACAUCAGAUGACUGCAGAAGUUGAAUACAAGGAAUUAACGCCACCACUGUGGCAGUUUCAUUCUUUCUCCUCACGGAUGUUUGCCCCGAAUUAUUGUUUCUGUCCUUCCUGUUACUUCUUUCAGGGUCUUUCCAUUUUUGAUAGAACUACACCAACCUUUGGAUGAGUAAUCCUCAAUUGUCAAAUCUGCACUAUGCUCCUUUACCCUUAGAUGCACUAUAAAGUUCUGUUAUAUUGAUAAUUGAUAAGUUCUUAACAGAAGAAAAAUAACAACAACAUACCCAGUGUAAUCUCACAAAUGGUGUCUGGGUAGAGUGGAGUGUAUACAGACCUUACCC